GUGAUGUGUGGUGCUGAUGCUGGGAUCCAGACGGGCGGGGAGCAAAGCAGGGAGCAUCCAGCAUCCUUAGCAAUGGUGGAGAGAAGUCUAAAGAGUAUCCUGACGAGGGAAAAGAGGUUAUGCGCCUCCAAACAUAAGAAAAUGAGCAGAUAAAUGGAUCGUUUAAGCUGGGGGCUGCCAGAGUGCUCUCAGGGUUGCAGUGCCUAGCGCCAGCUCUGCAGGACAACGCCAACAUGAACGGCACUGCAGAGCAGCAGGACAUUCUGCCCCCUAACUGCAUGGUCAAAGAACGAUGGAAAGUGCUGAAGAAAAUAGGUGGAGGGGGGUUCGGGGAAAUCUACGAGGCGUUGGACCUGCUGACUCGGGAGAAUGUGGCGUUAAAAGUGGAGUCAGCUCAACAGCCCAAACAAGUCCUGAAGAUGGAGGUGGCAGUUCUGAAGAAACUACAGGGUAAAAACCAUGUGUGUAAGUUCAUAGGCUGUGGGCGAAAUGAUAAAUUCAACUAUGUCGUCAUGCAGCUGCAGGGUAGAAACCUGGCAGAUCUCAGGCGAAGUCAGCCACGUGGCACCUUUACCAUGAGCACAACCCUCCGCCUGGGAAAACAGAUUCUAGAAUCAAUAGAGGCCAUUCACUCUGUUGGCUUUCUCCACCGAGACAUCAAACCGUCAAAUUUUGCCAUGGGAAGGCUGCCUUCAACAUACAGGAAAUGUUAUAUGCUAGAUUUUGGGCUUGCACGACAGUAUACAAACACCAAUGGAGAAGUCAGACCGCCCAGAACUGUUGCAGGAUUUCGAGGGACUGUUAGAUAUGCAUCUGUGAAUGCACAUAAAAACAAAGAAAUGGGGCGCCAUGAUGACUUAUGGUCAUUGUUUUACAUGCUGGUUGAAUUUGCUGCUGGACAGCUGCCGUGGAGGAAAAUCAAGGACAAGGAGCAGGUUGGUCAGAUCAAGGAGCGCUUUGAUAAUAGGAUGCUGCUUAAACACAUGCCAUCAGAGUUUAAUGUCUUCCUGGAGCAUGUUUUAGGCCUUGACUACUACACCAAACCUGACUAUCAGCUCCUGAUGUCAGUGUUUGAGAACAGCAUGAAAGAACGCAUCGUCACAGAGAAUGAGCCAUAUGAUUGGGAGAAAAGUGGGACGGACUCCAUGAUAUCUGCCACCACGCCGACAGCAGCGCAGCAGAACACACGGCCUACAGCGGCUAUGGUUGGGGUCAUAAAUGUGACCCCAAUGCCAGGUGACCUUCAGAGGGAAAACACAGAUGACGUUGUGCAGGACGAGCACCUAAGUGACCAGGAAAAUGCCCCUCCGAUUCCUUCUGGCCGGCCAGCUGAUGGCAGCCAGUUACCUACGGAUGCAGAUGGAUGGGAGGAGACAGACUUUAAUCGAAACAAACUCCGGAUUAACCUUGGAAAGGGAGGUCAAGAGGAAGAUGGUAGCCGGGGUGUGUGUCCUGUGUCACCACAAAGGGGUUUUGACUCUCCGGGUGUGCAGGUGCACUCGCUCAGGUACCGACAGGUCAACAGCCCUGAAUCUGACCGCAUAUCUGCUGCUGAUGGACGGGAUGGUUAUGGACAACGCUCUCGAAUGGACAUCCUGGGUUCUCCUUCUCGACACGUUUACUCCUCGCAGCCUGCUCAGAUGCUGUCCGUCGACGGUUACCGUGGAGACCGCGGUCGUAAUGAGGCCUCUGCAUCAGUGGACCAGGAAGCCCACAGCAAUGCCUUCAUCCGCUCCGUCCCACUUGCGGAAGAAGAGGACUUUGACAGCAAAGAGUGGGUUAUCAUAGACAAAGAAAUGGAGCUCAGAGACUUCCACCACCUCCCAGGGGCUGAGCCCACCACAUCCGGCACUACGGAUGAGGAACCAGAGGAAUUACGCCCUCUGGAGGAAGGAGAAGAGCGGCGGAGACAUAGAGGGACAGAUCUGUCAGUCAGACCCAAGACGUCACAUGGCGACCAUACUACACGAGGCAUGCUGCCUCUUACAGAGGAGGAGGCAUCCAGGAGGAGCGGGAAAGGCCAGUCAACAUCAGCGGAGAGCCCUGUGCAGUCGCCCUGUCACUCGCUACCCUCUGGACGGCCGCGGCGGGGAGAGUCAGACCCCAAUGGACCUCAGAGACAGGGUCCAACCCCGAGUGAGCCUUUAUUGUUACCCACUGACUACAGGACUAAAUCCCCAUCAUCAGAGAAGGAGAUAUUCCACAUCCUUCCUAAACUGCAGGCAAAGAGAGCUGACUUCCUCACCGUCAUGCUUACAGGAAGCCUACACCAGCGAUGGGCCUUCACAGCCACACCACCUGAGACACAAGAUGAGGGACCCAGAGAUGACGAUGUCACGAAGAGUGAAUCUAGUAGUGGGGCAAGCGAAAAGAGCACUGAACGUAGUCAAGAUGGGGCUCCAUCCACCUUAGUGGCUGAUGAUCUACACAAGGAGCCAAAAGAACCAGGUUCGGUGGCUGAUGUAGAUCCCGACCAAGAGGAUAUCUCAAAGACCCUUGUCUUGUUUUCACCAGGAGACACAAAGAAGUCUCCAAAUGCUAUAAAUGGGACUGAAGUGGAUCAGGGUGUGGCAGGAUCUCAAAAUGAGCAGUUGGAUGAAGUUGGUCGACUGGUACAGAUCCAGGAGGACAUAAAACAGGCAGAGAGACCUACAGAUGGAAGGCAACCUGAUGCAAUUGGUGUUGACCCACCCAUACAGACAUCUAAAUCAGUGGUAACCAUCUCAACAACUCAAGUGGCUUCAGCCUCAAUUGCAUCACCCCCUUUCUCCAAAGUGGAGCGAACUUUUGUACACAUUGCAGAGACAACUCAUCUGAAUGUCAUGUCUUCCAGUGGUGCACAGGUUCCUGAACUUUUAGAGGAGGUUGAAGGCAAAUCACAGGCCAAGUGGAUAAAGGACAAGUCAGUCCUUUCUCAAGAGCCAGGAGAAGUGGCAUGUGUCCAGUAUGAAGUCACCUCUCAGACUCUUACAGAGGGGCCUCAGGUACUCAAUGUUCAGGAUGGGUCUUUGCCAAAUGAGUCCGGUGAAAAACAGGACGGUCUUGUGAUUCCUUUACCCUUAGAAUCCAGGGAGCCUAUCCAUCAAGAUUCAUCAACUGACUCCAAACAGGACAUGCAACCAAAAGAGGAACAUCAAGAGGAGGACACAGUACCUGAGAGUGUUUCUAAACAUCCACGGCCAAGGAGCAAGAGUCGAAUUCCUAUCCUAGUCCCAGAAGAGGAGCCAGGAUCUGAACAAUCCCUGUCCAACAAAGAACGACUACGUAGAAGAGCCAUGCCGCAAGACCUGGCCCGUCAAGUUGUGGAAAGACAACGUCAGGGUCACUGGAUGAGACUGAAUUCCAGGACUUCGUCCUCGUUAUCUUCUGGAGACGAGCCCAAGAGACCUUCAGAGACUCUUUCUACUACGGGCUCAGAGGAAGAUAUUCAUGAAUCUGAUGAUUCCAUCAACAAGCUCAAGAAGGAGGCUGAGGAAAAGUACAGAGCUGAGUGGCACAGCAGGAUCCCACGACCAGUCACACCUAUAAGGAAGCCUUCAACUAAACUAGUAGUUGCAGCUCCUGUCAUCCAACCUGAAGCUGGGACUGCAAAAUUUGAACAAAAGGCAAGCAAUGGCCCAAAAGUACAGUCACAAUCAGGAUCAAGUGCUCCAGCACUUCACACAAGAUCAAAAUCAACACUGUCCCGCUCUACCAUGUCAAGUGGAAGCAAUCACAUGCCUCUUUCCUGUAUUCCGGCAUCAUCCCGCCGCAGCUUGAGCACCACAAACUGCACUUUCUCUUCAACCCGUAUAGCUAGUCCUUCACCCCAUAGGCUACCCCUGCGAACAGCAGUUAGCGAAUCCCGCAAGCAGCCAUUUGCCCUCCGAGCCACUGUGGAGCUCCUAAUGAAGUCUAGGACUACUACUUGCAGUGGUCCUGCAAAGGACAUCAAACCAUCACCAAACCAACCCACCACUACAUGUGUCAGGGAUCGAACCAAAGCUUCUGCUCAUUCGAAGAACUCAGUUCCCUUGAAAAGGGAAAAAAGCACAAGCAACAACACAGCUGCAGACAGAUAAGUGACUGCUGUUUACUGGGAUCGUUUCUUCUCAAUUACUUGAACAUAUUGCCUCAAAAUGUAAUCUGCCCCAUUGACCAAAAUUAACCUUUUUAAUUAAUUUAAUGUUCUUCUUAAUCAAUGAAUGGCUAGUUCCAAUUUUGGAUUCUGCACCAAAUAAUUUUAUGUUGUACUUUAAGAUGUAGAACUUUCACUUUGAUGGAAGUUUCUACAUAACAGAGGAAAUGUCACAUUUAGCUUACAUGGUGCUAUACUGUAUAUGUGUUGUUCUGUUGUGUAUAUUUCAUUUAAUAUAUGGUUUUUGAAGGUGUACUUUAUUAUUAGUUAGAUGCCAAGUUGUCUUUGGCUCUUGACACACAAUAAUGAUAAAAUGAUUAUGUAAAUUUAUUUAUAACAUCUGAAACAAUCAUACAGUAUAUUACAUGUAUUUAGCCAGCACAAAUUAUUAUAAACCACCAGACACAGAACGUUGUAAAAUCUGCCACAUAUCUAUGGACAAAUGCACAAAUGUCCUCUGGUCUGCAGCUCGGCCCUCUUUGUAAACCUUGUGAUGAUGGGCAUGCCUUGUCUUUAGCUUGUUACAAGUGUUUGAUGAUACUGCUGUAUGCUUGUACAUAUUCUUUCCAGUAUUUCUUGCAGAGACCUCUUUAUUUUUAUCAGGCAAGGGAAAUAGUGAAAGAUUUGGAUUUGAAUUUUGUUAAAGGAAUAUAUUGUGGGUUCUACACCGAGUUGUCUCAUUUUCUAAGCAUGGCAGAAAUUACACCAUUAUUAAUAAUUGUCAAUACGGAUUAUUUCUAAAUGAACGAUUCCCACCUCUUUUGCUCUUAUUACAAUGGUGAGAUGUUAAUCAAGAUUUUUGUUGGAAUAAGGAGCAUAAAAUGAUCU